AUGGGGGCCUCAGAGUCGAGAGAUGCAUGCGAGUUGGGAGGGACAGCUUUUUGUGGAACCCUCCCUAAUUCUGCCGGAUGCAUUUCACUCGCCAGGGAGUUCUACUGUACUUGCAAGCCUGGCUUUCGGGCCGAGGGCCGGAUGACACACUCCUCAUGCACGGAUAUCGACGAAUGUGCUACAGGAGUAGCGUUUUGUUUCAACAAAAUACAGAAUUCUGAUUGCGUAAACACUCCAGGCAGCUUCGAGUGCAAGUGUAAUGAAUACCGGACCUUGAAUGAUAACGUUUGCGAAGAUAUAAAUGAAUGCUUGGAGAACCGAGGAGGCUGCGCAGAACACAGCGACUGCAUCAACAACGAUGGCAAGCCAGUAACCUGCAGGUGCUUGCCAGGGUACACAGGGAAUGACGGCAAGCCGGGAAGAGCAUGCAAAGAUAUCAAUGAAUGUGAAGAACCAGAUCGGUGCCCGGAGAACUCGGUCUGCAUCAACACACCAGGAUCUUACCGGUGCGAAUGCACAACAGGAUUUGCUAAAGAUGCCAAUGGGAAGUGCACCGGCAAGGAAUUCUGCGCUACAGGAGAGCACAACUGCGAUCCUGUCUUCGCCACGUGUACCACAGCUGUGGGAUCGUACUCCUGUGCGUGCAAGGAAGGUUUUCAAGGCAGCGGCAGAAAGGGAGAGUGCAAGCCGCUUCCCGGCUCCGAACACAAGGCCUGCGAGUUGCUAGGGCUACGAUGCGGGCGUUACCAAGGAUGUUUACCGGACAACGCAGGCAGCUAUAGAUGCGCGGCUUUGAGUAAAGCGCAGCAAGUGAAAGUUCUGUUGACCGAGGGUGCUGGAAUGGACACCCCCAUUUGGUUGUGGUGCUGUGUCGCCGUGGCUAUUGCCAUGCUAAUCGGCGCUGCUGUAUACGGUGUUCGUUAUUUUCUGAAGGGACGGAGGAAUGCGUAUGGCUCCGAAGAUGAUGCUAUAAUGACUGGGUACGGGUAUGACUACGGCGCAGCGGACUCGUUCAGUGGGUAG